AUGGCUUUGUUGUGGAGCGUCACACAGUGGGAGAUCUACGAUGCGUACACCGAGGAGCUGGAGCGGCAAAAGCGCGAGAAGGAGGCCAAGGAGAAGAAGAAGGGUGGCCGCGACGAGACGGCAAAGCGUCGGGGAAACGACGAGCUGGGUAUGACGUCAUCGUCGAUGGGACCGGAGGAUUACCGGCCGGUGGCCAGAGCGGCAAAAAUCAUCGAACGCAUGAUCAACCAGAACACGUACGAUGGCAUGGGGCAAGAUUUCAAGUACUACGAGGACCCUGUGGACGAUUCAUGCAAACUCAUCGGUACUCUGAUGCCGAUGUGGAAAUUCGCCUAUGAUGGCGCCAAGAAGAUGACCGUCACCACCAUCGCCAACAACGAGCGCUACCCAGACCUCUUUGCCGUCGGCUACGGCUCGUUCAGCUUCGAGAAGCCAGGCAAGUUCGGCCUGGUCUGCUUUCACACGCUGAAGAACCCGUCGUUUCCCGAGUACGUGUUCUGCCUGGGCAGCGGCAUCAUGUCUCUGGACAUUCACCCGGAGCUGUGCCACUUUGUGGCGGUGGGCCUGUACGACGGAAGCGUGGCCGUCCUGGACGUGCGUCGUCCGGCCAGCGAGCAGCCCGUAUUCCAGUCAGCCGUCAAAGAUAAGCACAUGGACCCGGUUUGGCAGGUGCGCUGGCAAAAGGAGGACUCCGAGGAACGUCUCAACUUCUUCAGCGUGUCGUCGGACGGCCACGUCGCCUGCUGGACCAUAAUCCGCAUGCAGCUCGAGCGGCAGGAGAUCGUCACCGUUCGCCUGCUCAACAAGCCGCAGCCAACGCCCAAGAAGGGUGCUGAAGUCAAGGUGUUCAACGACCUGGCACGGGCGACUUGCUUCGACUUCAGUCCGGUCGUGGACAACAUCUAUCUGGUCGGAACUGAAGAAGGCAUCGUCCGCAAGUGCUCCAAGACCUACAGCACCACGUUCCUGCACUCGUUUCAAGCCCACAGCAACGCCAUCUAA